GACUGUGUGUGUGCAUGUGUGUGUAUGUGUGCGUGUGUUUUGCGUACAGGAGAGGAACUGUGUCUCUCCGCACAAAUCGAGAGCCGCAAAUCCAGCUCGGAGCAUCAGUGAGCGGAGGACCGGCGGAUGCGGACAGCAGCGGUGUGUGGAGGAUCAGCAGGGCUUCUGCCAUCAGGUCGACAUGAGUCUGAUGUCUGAAUUGAUUUGUGUCAGUACCGGCAUUGUGGGAUUUUUUCACCGACUGAAUCUGGACGUGUAGCGGGACCGCAAUGGAGCGUCGAUCCGAAGCGUGAGAAGUGCUGAGCGUCUGUCUGUUUGGAGGCUCAUUUCAUAGACAAUAAGAAGAGCAGAUUAGCUAUUAGACACAGUGGCUUCAUCAUUUCUACUGGUAAAUAUCUGAGUCUGUGUUAUUAGGGACUGUAGCUGUUUUUAUUGUGAUACCAUCAAGAAGCCAUACUGAAUGUGUUAUUAAUGAUUUAAAAAAAAUCAGUCCACAGACAGAUAGGAGACACAGGCUGAUUAAAGGCUUCAUAAAGGUUUCCAGCCUUUUAUGAUUUAGGUCGUUUAAUUUGUCUUUUUGUUGUGUCCAACAACAAACAGAAGCCAGUCAUGUCAAAGAAUAAGAGCAGUGAGUCGGUGAAGGUGGUAGUACGAUGCCGUCCUUUGAACCGGAAAGAGGAGUCCAACGGGCCUUCAGGGGGAAUUGUACAGAUGGACCUGCGACUCGGACAGGUGAUCCUGAGAAACCCUCGUGCACCACCAAGUGAACCCCAGAAAACAUUCACAUUCGAUGCUGUCUAUGAUGCAAAUUCCAAACAGCGAGAUCUGUAUGAUGAGAGCGUGCGACCACUGAUAGAUUCAGUGCUUGCAGGGUUCAAUGGCACCAUAUUUGCAUACGGGCAGACUGGAACAGGAAAGACGUAUACCAUGCAGGGAGCCUGGCUGGAUCCAGAGAAACGAGGUGUGAUUCCCAACGCAUUUGACCACAUCUUUACACAUAUUUCCCGCUCCCAGUCAGACAAGCAGUAUCUGGUACGGGCGUCCUACCUCGAGAUCUAUCGAGAGGAGGUUCGGGAUCUUCUUGAUCCCAACCAUGGCAAUGCCAGAGCCCUGGAGCUCCGAGAGAGUCCAGAGACUGGUGUGUAUGUGCGUGACCUCACAUCAUGUGUCUGCAAGAGCAUCAAAGAGAUCGAGGAGGUGAUGAAUGUGGGCAAUCAGGCAAGGGCAGUUGGUGCUACAGACAUGAAUGAACAUUCGUCCAGAUCUCAUGCUUUGUUCCUCAUCACAGUGGAGUGCAGCCAGCCUGGACCAGAUGGGAGGAAACAUAUUCGAGUGGGGCGCCUUAACCUGGUGGACCUCGCUGGCAGUGAGCGCCAAGCCAAGACUGGCGUCCAGGGAGAGCGCUUAAAAGAAGCUGCCAAGAUCAACCUUUCCUUGUCAGCUCUGGGAAAUGUGAUAUCAGCAUUAGCAGAUGGGCGCAGCGGCCAUGUGCCAUACCGGGACUCCAAGCUGACCAGGCUGUUACAGGACUCUUUGGGUGGGAAUGCUAAGACUGUCAUGGUUGCUACACUUGGUCCCUCCUCUCAGCACUACGACGAGACUCUCACCACCCUAAGGUAUGCCAACCGGGCCAAGAAUAUCCAGAACCAGCCCAGAGUCAACGAGGACCCCAAAGAUGCUCUGCUGCGGGAGUUCCAGAGGGAGAUCGCUCGCCUCAGGGCCCAGCUCAACCACAGGAAGUGGAGGAGCAAACAGAAGAAGGAGCAGGUGGAUGGUGAGGGCUGGGACAGAGAUGGGGAUGAAGAGACGGAGGGCGAAGAGGAGGAGGAGGAGGUGGAGAAGGAUGCAGAGGAGUACGUGAAGCUGGAGGAACAGCGGUUGGAGAGGGAGAAGGAGGCCAUCAGAGAAGAUCAAUUCCUGUUGGCUGAGGAGAAGCAGAGGCUGCUGGGAGAGAAGGAGAGGAUGAUGGGAGAUCUGAGGAAGGAGCAGGAAGCCACUGAGCAACUGACCGCCAAGUACAAGGCGAUGGAGAGCAAACUGCUGGUUGGUGGAAAGAACAUCAUGGAUCACACUAAUGAACAGCAGAAGAUGCUGGAGAUAAAAAGGCAUGAGAUUGCUGAGCAGACACGUAAUGAGAGGGAGAUGCAGCAGCAAAUGUUGGUCCAGGAUGAAGAGACACUUGAGCUGAGAGAGACUUUCACUUCUCUGCAACAGGAGGUCGAGGCUAAGACCAAGAAACUCAAGAAGCUGUACGCCAAGCUCCAGUGCAUCAAAGCAGAGAUCCAAGACGUGAAUGACGAGCACGUGAGGAGCCGCCAGGAGCUGGAGCAAACUCAGAACGAGCUCACCAGAGAGCUCAAGUUCAAGUAUCUGAUCAUAGAGAACUUCAUCCCUCCAGAGGAGAAGAAUAAGAUCAUGAAUAGGCUGGCCUUCGACCCUGAGGAGGACCAGUGGAAAUUCCAGCCUCUGGUUCCUGCUGAAAGUAAAUCCUCGCAGAUGAAGACAAGGCCGGCAUCUGCAGUUGGAUACAAAAGGCCUAUCAGUCAGUAUGCCCGGGUUGCCAUAGCGAUGGGAGCUCAUUCCAGAUACAGGGCUGAGAACAUCAUGUUUCUGGAGCUGGACAUGACUCCUCCAAACACAGCCACACUGGAUCGCUCAGCAGAGGCAGAUCCCAACCAAAGUCCCUCUAUGGACAACUCACCCACCAAGGACAAAGGCAUCCGCAAAUCUCGUUCCUGGUGUCAGACUCCAAAAUCCAUCACCUCCUCCUCCUCUAAUAUUUCCUUGGCCGCAUGUCACACUGCCACAUCCACAGCAGCACAGUAAAGCUUUAGUGAAGAGAGUUUUUUAUUCCUAUUUAUUUUCCGCUUUCUCUUUUGGCCAGUGGUCCUCUUAAGAGUCCUCAGUGAGGCCUACAGCUGGGACACAAACACACACCAUCACCUCAGCUGAAACCUGAGAGGUCAUUGACUGCGAAGAAAUGAUCUUGUGACAGGAAAAUAAAUGACCUUAUAAACCUCAGAAACUCUGUAAAUCACCAGUUCCUCCUGUUCUAUGGAUGUAAAGACCCAGCAGACCCUCCUCUACUGCAUGUUUGAGGCCAAGAGCGUCAGAUCGUCCUCUUUAACAUCUGGCUGCAGUGCUGAACUGUGUAUGUGCGUGCGUGUAUGCGUGCGUGCGUGUGUGUGUGUGUGUACAUACAGGGCUGUAUGAUUGCCUGUUUGUCUUUCAAGUUGUGACCAACACACAUCUGAAAGCUCACAAGCUGCUUGAAUCCCCUGUAAGAUAUCUGUGUAAAUACUUGAUGUGUUCGGGGUUUUUGGGGGCAGGUUUGGUCUGUUUCUGUGCGUGCUGGCUUUUGAAGAUGAGCACACUUAAAAAAUAGUCUCGUGACAUAUGAUGUGUGCUGUUGUUGGUCAGAUGAGGUACUUUGGAACCUGAAUGAUGACCUUUAUCAUACAUGUUGUCCUCUGUCUCGCCACAGUGUCUAAUUUCAUGAAAUGUCUAAUAAUAAUCUCAUUAAAAUGAAGAACAUGAGAAAUGUCA